AUGGCCAACUCUCAUGCGCCGCUGCAGUCGCUCGCCCCGGUCGACUGGGCCGACCUCCCCCAGGAUGACCUCGCCGCCUACAUCAACGACAUCUUCUCUCAGGCCAUGAUUGUCGUCGAGUCGAUCCCGUCGCCUUCCUCUGCCGCCGCGCCCGCAAGUUCUGGGCGGGCGCGCGCCAAGACCGAGUCCGCCGUUUUGCUGAAUGAUGUCCAGCGGUCUCGGGCGCUGCGCCAGCCCGCGGCUAGCUUGGAGGCUGCCCUGGCGCUGCGCAAGGACUGGAAGGAGACCAAAGUGAAUCCGAGGGACAAUCCUCUCAAUAUUAACGUCUUCAAACUCUCCAGCAAAGAUGGCAAAGGCGCUUGGUUUGCCCGCCAGAGUGUCCACGAGGGCCUGUCGUUUGACGAUUGGAGAGUCGGCCUCCAGCGCGAGUUUGCCGAGACGUUAAAGGUGCAGGGCUCCCCGGGCACUGGCAAUAUUAGGGGAAUUGGCGCCGACAGACACGUGGAAGAUCAGGAAAUCGAGAAUGCUGGCCAUCUGAGUGUGUUUCAAUUAUCUGCUCAGUUUCCGGGUCCCACCUCACCACGAGACUUCAUUACCUUGCUGCUCACCUCUGACCUAUCCCACAAAGCUGAAAGUCGCUCCGAGGGCCUGCGUCAAUACGUCAUUGUUUCCAAGCCAUGCAACCACAGUCAAUGUCCACCCCGUCAAGGCAUCAUCCGUGGCCAGUACGAGUCGGUGGAAAUUAUCCGCGAGGUUCACGUGGAGCCGCCCGUGGCCAAGCGCUCCAUGUCUGCUGUCGACCUCGCCGCCAAUGAUGAUCGCGCUGCAGGCUCCGACAACAAAAUGAGCAACUCGGAGCGCCUCCACGAUCCUCGUCAAGUCGCGAUAGAGUGGCUCAUGGUGACGCGCAGUGACCCUGGCGGCAGUGUCCCCCGGUUCCUCAUCGAGAAGGGGACGCCGCCUGGCAUUGUCGGCGACGCCGGCAAAUUCCUCAAAUGGACCACAGCCGGGUCACGUAGAGGAUGGGAUAAGCCCAGUACAUCUGCUGAGACGCAAAUACCUACAGAGAAUGCAGAUCAGGGCGCGCCGGUAGCUACAUCAAACGCGCAAUCUACGACAACAAGGACCCUAGCACGGAGUAAUAGUACAUUUCAGAGCCAAGACGCCGACGAUGACUCUGUUCCAAACAGCAGUGGUAUCUACGGUAUCAUCACUGGUAUAUUUGGCGUCGCUAGCUCAGUUGUCGCCAGUGGCCUUGGUCUCAACUAUGCCAGCAGUGAGGAGACCCUCUCCACUAUCCCUGCCAUCAAUCUUCCGGAGCAAGAAGAAGACGGUACGGAGAGCGAUACCUCGUCUGUCCGCUCCUUCCUCUCCGCCAUGGAAAAGAGCCUGACGGACGAGCCAGGGCCCAAAAACGACGGCAGCCAGUCCGAAGACUCCAAAUCCACCAGCACGAACCCCUACCCCGGCGCCCUCUCCACCAUCGGCUCCUCCGGCGACAAGGAGUUGCGCAAGCUGCAGGAGCGCCGCCGCAAGAUCGACGACAAGAUGGUGCUCAUGCAGUCGCGGCUGCAGAGCAGAAGCCAGGGCGACCGCGCCAAGGACGAGGCCUCGCUCGCCAAACUGCGCGAGAAGCUGGACCGAGAGGCGGCCAAGCAGGAGCAAAAGUACCAAAAGGAGCGCCAAAAGCUGGAAGAGAAGCGCGAGAAUGAAGCCAGAAAGGCGGAGCGGCGCCGCCGCAAGACGGCGGAAAAGGAGGAAAAGUCGAGCCUGGCGCUCGAGCUGGAGCGCACGCGCGCGGAGCGCGACCUCGCCUGGCAGCACAACCGCAUCCUCGAGGGCCAGGUGCGCGAACUGCAGGCGCAAAACACGCAGCUCGUGGCGAAGCUGGGAAAAUUGGGUGGCAUGAGCAGCGUGUCGCUGCCGCUGCAGUCGUCGGGGAGGCAGUCGUCGGGGAGCUCGGCUGAGAUGCCGGCCGAGAAGCACGUGUAA